CAGAGUAUUCUUUUCCCUCAGCCACUUAGCCACAAGUCCUUUUUUCCUAUCUCCAUCUAAAAAUAUAGCUUAUUGCUUGUACUUGGGACCAGACUACCACGAUGGUACAGCCAAAAUCGAUUGUUACCACCGUGUUCAUCGCUCUCGUCCUUGAUCUCCUAGCAUUCACUAUCCCGCUGCCCCUCUUCCCGCGCCUGAUAGAAUGGUACCUCUCAAAAGACACCUCUCCGGACUCGCUGAUAUCCCGCUCGCUUGCGUUUUGCAACUCGAUUAGAGCGCCUCUCCAUGCAUUACGGCCGACUUCCGCUGCCUUGUCCAGUAAGGAUGAUGCGGGGACCAAAAACUGGGAUGUGGUUCUUCUCGGAGGUAUGAUGGGAAGCCUUUUCAGUUUCUGCCAAUGUAUCAUUAGUCCUUGGCUGGGUCGUUUGGCUGACAAGUAUGGAAGAAAGAAAGUUCUCAUAGCCACUAUGGUCGGAAAUGUUGUCUCUGCCAGCAUCUGGAUCAAAUCUACCUCUUUUGAGUCAUAUCUCUUGUCUCGUCUCGUAGGUGGGUUGAGCGAAGGCAAUGUACAGCUGAGCACGGCAAUCAUCAGUGAUGUGACUACAUCUGCCACCAGGUCCAAAUCUCUCGCCCUUGUUGGUAUUGCCUUUUCCAUCUGUUUCACUUUUGGACCAUCUCUAGGUGCCUACUUUGCAACUCGACCUCUCCCGCUUGGGACCUCUGAUGAUAAAUUCAACGUUUAUGCGAUGCCAGCCGCUAUCUCCUUAGGACUUCUACUUCUUGAAACCUUGUUCUUAGCCGCCAAGUUGCCAGAGACGAAAGGAUAUAAAGUCGAAGAGGUAUCUAAUGCAAAUCCCGAGCAACCAUCCGUGCCCGAGCCCAAGGACAUCUUUGAAGACAAAGAGCAGAAGGUGCAACGAUUGAAAGAUAUGACCGGUCUCCAUGGCUAUUUCCUCUUGUUCUUCUCUGGAGCAGAAUUCACAUUGACUUUCCUGACCUAUGACAUCUUCUCUGCGUCCAAUGCAUACAACGGCAAACUGCUCAGUUACAUCGGUAUCCUGGCAACCAUGAUUCAAGCUCGUCACGUGCGUCCAUCCAUGGCCAAAACUGGUGAAAUCCAAGUAGCUCUAGAUGGUAUCGCCAGCUGCAUUCUCGGCGUCUUUCUUCUCCAUCUAAUCCCAUACACUGUCUCCCUCGGCACUAUCAAUCACAUUCUCCUCUAUGUCGCUGCUACAUGCCUAGCUUACACCAGCGCAACGACCGUCACUGGGUUAACAGCUGCCGCUGCUGGAUGCUGUGAUGAGCGAUACCCUGAGCUGCAGAGGGGGAGGGCUUUAGGCAAGUUCAGGUCGAGAGGACAGUUAGGUAGGGCAGUGGGGCCGUUGUUGGCGUCAAUGUUGUAUUGGAUGGAAGGGCCUUCGGUGGCAUAUUUGACAUUGGCUAUGUGCUUGGGUGGUGUAUUAAUUUUGGCUCCCCGAGGCGGUGUGCAAAGGUAUAGAUGGUGGGUCAAAGAGACAAAAGAAUAGAAGGACAGGAAAAGCACGACGGCGACCAAGUUUGUUUAAAGACAUGUACAUUACGACAUAUCAUGAACUUUUAUGCAGUUUUAUGACCAUCCC